GGUAUCAAACAGGGGCCCGCCGUUACUUUCUUGGCCGAUGCAGCAAGAGCUGGAGCUACCUUUAUCGAAGGCUUCAAGGCUGAAAAGGUGCUCUUUGGUAGGAAACUGGUCAAGGGCAAAAAGGUUGCCAUCGGUGUUCGAGGGACGUGGACUUCUCGAGAUGCCUCUGGAGCAACCCAUGGUAAACCGGCCAUAACCCGAAAGGUCGUCAUCAAGGCGAAGAAGGUUGUGGUUUCAUGUGGAACGCUUGAGAGUCCUCUGCUGCUUCUCCGUAGCGGACUCAAGAACCCGCAGAUAGGCCGCAACCUUCACCUUCACCCAGGUACAUGUCUCCCAUCUCAUCUAAAAAAUAGUCUUCUGUACAUUUUUCUAACUAUACCACAGUUAUCAUUAUCUCUGCCAUGUUCGAUCAUGAAACUCGGCCAUGGGAGGGCUCCAUUUUGACAUCCCUUGUUAGUGACUUCGAGAACCUCGACGGCUGUGGCCACGGCUCAAAGAUUGAGGCAGUCGUCAUGCUUCCAAACUUCUUCCUUCCCCUGAUGGCAUGGGAAAAUGGCCUCGACUACAAGACCUUCGCCGCCAACGCUCGCCGAAUGGCAGGUUUUAUCAGUCUGACCCGCGAUCGAGACACCGGAAGAGUAUACCCUGACCCCAAUGACGGAAGAUGCCGCAUCGAGUAUACCCCUUCUGCCUUUGACCGCAAGCACAUCCUGGAGGGCAUCAUCGGCGCCGCAAAAAUCGCAUACGUCUCCGGUGCCAGAGAGAUAAGAUCUUCAUCGUUGGCUAUCCCGACUUUCACCCGUCCGGAGACAUCUUCUGAUGCAGCGGAUGAGGGUGUCAACAAUGCCGCAUUCCAGGAAUGGAUCAAGAAACUUCGUACGGGUGUCCCUCUGCCGACGGAACAGUCUAUGUUCGCAAGUGCCCAUCAAAUGGGUACAUGUCGCAUGGGAAUUUCCCCAAAGACAAGCGUCGUUGACCCUACUGGCAUGGUCUGGGGCACUUCCGGUCUUUACGUCGCUGAUGCCUCCGUCUUCCCAAGUGCCAGCGGCGUCAACCCCAUGAUAACCAACAUGGCCAUCACAGAUGUCACAAGCCGUAAACUUGCCUCCAUCAUGAGCCAUGAUCCCGAAGUUAUCAAGUCGCGGCUAUAAAGCUCAGGAUAUAAUGCCGCUACUGCUCAGAGGUUCUCCUCUUUCUUUCACCUAUAACCAGUUCUUUUCUGAAGGAAGAUCAGCUCUCUAUUUUUCUUAGAUGGGCCACGAUGGGAGGAUACAUCCGUCAUGUCUUAGCAUACCAGAGCCAAUGGAGUCCUGUAAACAAUCCCUGUGUACGCAAUACCUGCGUCUAUCCUUAGCAGUUAUUCGUUAGUUAUACCUAGGCAAAUGCACCCUUUUUUUAACUAGUUGUGAAUAUUCCCAUCGGUAUCAAAAAGCCUUCUUAGUAGAUAAUAAAGUAGAUUUAUAUAAUAUAUCGUUUUGAGAAUAGAAUUAUAUGCUCUCUAUAUAGUUAAG